UGAGAGGUGAAAGGGAGUGGAGGCAAUGAACUUUGACAUCAACAUGGAUGCGACCAUAUUUCGGAAGACGGGGAGUAGGCUAGAUGCUUGAUUUUGUUUUGUUACUUCCAAAGAUUGUAUUCUCAUAAUGCAGCCCUUGAAUUCAGCUUUCCUAGGGGUGUCCACGUUCUGUGCAGCAUCGCAUGGCCAUGACCAAUGUGGGUCUGACGGUUUACCCCUCACUCCCAACUCCAUCAAAAUAUUUGGACGUUUUCAGUACUUAAAAACGAUCAGUCAUCCACGAUUAUGUCAGUAUAUAGAGAUUAUCAGAGGAAAGCAUGAGAGGCUGAUGCUGGUGACAGAAUAUUACAAAGACAACUUGCAGGAGACUUAUAACAAUGUAACUAAAAGCAACCAUCAACAGAUAUUAGAAAUAGCCUUUCAAGUUUUAGAUGGAUUGAAAUUCCUGAAUGAAAAAGGAAUUGUUCACAGGUUGCUUGCUCCCAAAAAUAUACUCUUGGACAAGAAGGGGCAUGUGAAGCUGAGUAAUUAUGGGAUGUGUCACAUGACCGAUGUAGGGUCAGCUGUCAUGUUCCCUAUUGGAUAUCCGAAGUACACAGCACCGGAAGUCCUGGCUCAGGGCCCUCUCAUGUCCAGGCCACAAGAUAAGAUUGGUUCAGGCUCCGAGGCCAAAGCAAAGACCUCGCUUCUAGGACCAAAGCCAGAUGUUUGGUCACUGGGACUGAUUGUGCUGGAGGUGUGUCUGGGUCUAGAGCUGUGGUCGGCUUAUACGCUCCAGCAGCAGAUUGCUAAGGUGUUGUUGCUAGGGAAACAUGGCAAUAAGCAGCAUCCUUUGGAUACUAUUCUUGAUGAUCAUGGUGCACGGAACAAGUUUGAGGUAUUACCAGGAGGCUUCCAAUCUCUUUUGAGGCGAUGCUUGACCCUGUCUGUAAGAGAAAGACCGACACCCUCGGAACUGCUACAGGAUCCCGUGUUCAAAGGAUUCAUGCCUGCGGAUUCAGAUUACAGAAGCCAGAAAACAAUGUUCCAGUACCCAGGGAUUCGCUGUGAAAAACUAGAGUUGGAAGAGUACAUAGAAGCAAAUGAAAUAGCGGAUAUUGAUCAUCUUGCCAUGCGAUCGAUAGAGGAAGUGUACUAUCUGUGGGGAUUGGCUGGAGGAGACUUGGAAAGUGAACUGAAGAAAAAAGGACUGAUUCGAUCACAUCCUCCAAUAUGUGGAGUUGCAAGUGUGUUUACGGUUGAUGGAGAUGUAUUUGGCUUGGAGAGGGAUAGCAGCUCUUUGUAUGAUGACACUAUUAUUCCUCUGUCACUUGACCAGUUGAGAGAUCGUCUGCAGAAUGUGGAAGAAGAAGCUUAUUAUCCACUCCUGGAGGAUGAAAAAAGUAUGGGUACUUUACCACAUUCUGCAAGUGAUAACAGCAUAUCAAAUACAGCUAACCUACCACUGAUCAUCAGAGAAAAGGACAUAGAGUACCAGUUUCAUAGAGUCGUGUUGUAUGAACGGCUUCUUAAAGGCUAUCCUCACACAGUUAAUAAAAUCCACAAGGAGGCAAGAGUUGAUAGUUGCCCUCUCUUUAGGAACCAGAUUUGGGCAGGUCUUCUUGUUAUUGAGGGGGACUACAUGGAGAGGUACCUCUCAAUAGAUAAAGACACGCCAACAUCAACAGAUCGUCAAAUUGAGGUGGAUAUCCCUCGUUGUCACCAGUACUCAGAGCUUUUGUCUUCUCCAACUGCACACCACAAGUUUAAGAGAAUCCUCAAGGCAUGGGUAGUCUCACACCCGGACUUAGUCUAUUGGCAAGGUCUUGACUCACUCUGUGCACCAUUUCUUUAUCUAAAUUUCAACAAUGAAGCUUUAGCGUAUGCAUGCCUCUCAGCCUUCAUACCAAAGUACCUGUACAAGUUCUUUUUGAAAGAUAACUCGGCUAUAAUCCAAGAAUACCUUGCAGUUUUCUCACAUCUUAUCACCUUCCAUGACCCUGAGCUAAGUAACCAUAUGGAAAGUAUUGGGUUCAUCCCAGAGCUAUAUGCAAUACCCUGGUUCCUGACGAUGUUUGCCCAUGUGUUUCCUCUACAUAAGCUCUUUCAUUUGUGGGAUACCCUGUUGCUAGGCAAUUCAUCCUUCCCAUUAUGCAUUGGGGUUGCAAUCCUACAGCAGCUGAGGUCUGGCCUUCUAGCCAGUGGAUUCAAUGAGUGUAUUUUGCUCUUUUCUGACAUGCCAGAAGUUGAUAUAGAGAGGUGUGUAAAAGACUCCAUCAGGAUAUUUUGCGGCAUCCCCAAGAGCGCUGCUUACCGUCAACAUGCGCAUCCACCGCGAGGCGUCUUGGCUGAUAGCGCUCACUCGCAGAUUAAACCUGUUUCUUACUACAGUACUGAUUGCCAUGAUGUUCCACGUUCCGAGUUGUCUCGUGAAGCUAUGACCCUCCAAGAGCUGAAGUCGGAGAAGAGCCCACGGAUAUCAGCAGAGGAUCUGCUAGAGCUCUGCGGUUUGCGUGGAAUGGCCUCGCGUAGCCCGACUAAAAAGACGAAAUCUGGCAAACCGAUGAUACUAAUAGUCGAUGUGCGGAGUAGUGAAGACUUUGCGAGGGGCCAGAUUCCUGGAAGCUACAAUAUACCUUUUGACUCAGCUUUCUCUCCAGAGGGAGACCUUGUUCAAUGCCCAGCCGUAACAGCCUUACACCAGCACAAGGGACGAGUGAUUGUCAUUGUUGGAAAUAGAGGAAAGAAUGCAUCGAAUUUUGCAACACAGCUUGUCCGUCUGGAUUUCCCAAAGGUGUGUGUGAUGCAUGGUGGGAUUGAUUGCCUCAAGACCACAGGAUUAUUGACUGUGUCAUCACCGGAUAUAUAAAGCUUACUCUUUACAAAUAACAUACAUCUCUCAAAAAAAAGUAAAAAUAGUACAAAUAUAUAUUCUGAAUUAUGUAUUAUAAAUAUGAAUGUUUUAAAUUGAAUAAUUUAAAUGUUGUAUAUUUUUUUAAUUUACAAAAAAAUCUCAGUUGUUUUAUCUAUUUAUAAAUAUUCCCCACACCCAGGAGUUUCAGAACAUUGACUGAAAAAACCUACAAAAACAAACAAAAAGCAGACAAAAAUUUGAAAUUAUUUUUUAAAAACAUGCCUUGGAAAUCCUUCAUUAUUUUUCAUGAUAGUAAGCAGAUUCCAGAAGGGACUCAGCCAGCCAAGACCUCCCCAAAAUUUAUGAAAGUUUUUCAAAUGUGGAGAUGCAAGUCUAAGAGUGCUAUCUGGAGGUGUGAUAUCUAUAUAUUUUGUACCUGAGCUCCAAACAUGGUGGGGCUGAGGUGGUUUAGCCCAUCCACUUAAAAAUGUCCCUCCUUGGGUUCCGUCUAUUUCAAAUUUCUUAAUCAAACAGAAGAUAAAAAUGAAAACAUUUCUGAUAGAAAUACCUUGCAGCUGUAUACAGUUGAAAAUAUUAAAUUUUA